AUGCCUCCCUCCGCAGACGAAACGCCGGCCACGCCGGCCGCCAAAGCCAACGGCGCCACGCAACCUCCUCUCAGCACGAUGCCUUCGUCCGACUUCACCUGGCAGAUCACGCUAGCAAACAAGGUGAUCGCAAUCACGGGAGCCAAUCGCGGCAUUGGCCUUGGGAUCGCAGAAGUCUGUCUUGCCAACUCGGCAAAUAUCAUCUACUCGCUUGACCUCAUGGAACCCGGAGAAGAUUUCUUUGCCCUGCGGAAGCGUCGCCCCAAUAUCCGAUACAUUCAGACCGAUGUGACAUCGGAAGAGAGCGUUGAGAAAGCGAUAAACCAGAUCGUCGAGGAGACGGGGAGGAUUGAUGGUCUGGUGGCGAAUGCUGGAAUGACGAAGCAUCAGCCUGCGCUGGAUUUUGAUCGCGCUGAGCUUGAUAAGUUGUUUAAUUUGAAUGUAUUUGGUGCUUAUUUCUGUGCGCAAAUCGUCGCCCGCAAGUUCAUCGAGCUGGGCAUCAAAGGGUCGAUUGUUAUGACCUCGAGCAUGACUUCGUAUCGACCGAAUCGAGCCGCCCCAUCCGCCCCCUACGGUGCCACCAAGGCAGCUGUUCGAAAUAUGUGCCACACGCUCGCCAUGGAAUGGAGCAAACACGGCAUUCGUGUCAACAGCGUCUCUCCAGGUUUUGUCCGCACCGCCAUGACCUACUAUGUCGAGCAUUCGCCCGACUGGGACCUCAAGAUGCAGUAUUACGGGGGAAUGCCGCGACUGGCGGAUCCUCGCGAGCUGGGAGGCGCAUAUGUGUAUUUGCUGAGCGACGGGAGUUCAUAUACAACGGGGAUUGACAUUCCUGUGGCUGGGAUUGUGGGCGCAUGGUAG